AUGGACUUUUGGUCUCGUCUCAUCGGCGGCUCGCGCGCGUUGUCCAAGACCUCUCGGGCCACCUCACCCACGGAACGACUCACGGCCUUUAAGCGCGCCUGCAACGCUCUUCAGCAAAUAUGGCGUUCUUCCAACUCCCCCUCCCCCGAACAAUCCACCGCUCAGGCACGCGCCUACAUCGAACGAUUGAACUCCAUCCUGAGCGAUGAAUCCCGCGGACCGGCACCGCACCCCUGUGUGGCCUACGCGGCGUCCUCUCAGAUCUUCGUCACUGUGACCAAGCUCGCGUUGUCCUACUAUGAUGCGGACGUGUUACGCUCCGCCACGGUCUUCUUCAACACGCUUAUCGAUGCCGAGGUGGAUGGUGUCGUAGACAACCGGCUCUUUGCCCGUGCACUGGUUGACCUGGUUCGACGUGCUGAUAAGAAGGCAGAUGAAAUCGAAGGUCGCCUGGUCGAGUUGCUGUUUGGGAUUGCCAACAACAUUCGCCUGCAACCGACGAUUCUCCCUGCAUGGUUUGUGCCUCGGACGACCCCCGCGGGCGUGGAUGGGGAGUCGGCAUCUCCCAGUAGUACGGAGUUUGCUGGCGCAACGCGCAAAGACGAGUUUCCCUUGUUCUACCUGCUGGUGGAUUAUGUUCAUAACGAGGGCAGAGCGGGCGAUUUUGCCCGGACUGGGCUGCUUUACCUCAUCGAGACGGCAUCCCGUUCGAAGAAUCUAGAGAAAUGGUUGAUCGAGAGCGAUCUUGCAACGUUGAUGGCGACCGGACUAGGCGCGUUGUACAGCCAAUUGGGCAGUUUGACAUUUGCGCCGACCACCGAUGGCAAUGUUCCCCGAAUCAUCGCGCUCUCUGACCACGCUUCGGAAGACACUGCUCUUCUACCAGAGCUGGGUGAAGCUAUGGAUGCAUUCAUGUCGUAUCUCUUGUUCUGGCAGGACACCAUCGACCACUGCAAGUCUACUGAGGUGAACGACACUCUCCUCGACCAUUUUCAAGUCCUCUUUCUCGAGCAAUUAUUAUACCCUUCAUUACUGGAAUCAUCGGACGUGGCAGGUGGCUCAACAGCGGCAGUUUUGACCUAUCUUUGCCGUAUACUUGACUCAAUUGACCAAGGCGAGUUGGUGCACCGAAUUCUACACUUCUUACUGGCAUCGUCUCCUCCGCCUGAGGAACAGAUGGAUAUGUCGGCCAGCCGCCGAAAAUCACUCAACGUGUUGGCCGCUUUGGCGUCUGAAGCGGCCCAACCCUCCCCGUCUCUCUUUAACUUGCGCGACUUGGCUCUGAUGGGGCUUCAUUCUACAAACCGCCAGACUGUGCUGGCCACAUUACGUCUGUUGAAUGUCGUUCUCCAACGGCACCAUCCCUUUGCGCGGUCACUGAUUCACACCAUCCCCAGCCAGCCGGCACUCCAGCGAUCUGUGGGUGCUUUCAAUGCCGAGCUCGAACAGCUGCUUGGCCUGGGAACUUCACUCAUCAAUGAGCCUACCCUAAACGAAUCCUAUGACAACUACGUUGCUGAUGCGACCUGGGUGCUCGAGUCCCGCCUGUGUCUCCCUGUCCCCUCUGACAUGACGGAGGAAGCGAUUCCUCUCCCGCUACAACUUCAACAAGACGAUCCAAUUAUCCAGGCACUUCUUUCUUGCGUCGAAAGCUUCUAUACUAACAGUGUCAUCGUGAACCUUGCGCUGACGGGUGUUUUGAUGAGUCUGGCAUCCUCGCAUUUGUUUUCUUUAGAUGGCUGGAUAUUGGUGGAUCCCGCGCAAUACGAUCCUCCGUCCCCAGAGGGGCAAUCGGAAGAGGGUGAUGCAAUUCACCGUGCAUAUCAGGCGCCGACAUGGCCGGCCACUGCUAGUCCAACAUUAACUGCAGCGCUUCGGCGACUUGUAGACCAGGCGCGCCAGUGGCAACGGGACCUGCCAGACUUCGAUGUGCUUGUUGCGGCCCGACGAGAAGUCCUCCAUCAAGAAGACCGGCCUCAAACCCCCGAUCGCUCCUCAGCGCCCUCGGAGGCUGCGGCACCCAUGUUCGGAGAUCGUCCAGGUCUCUCUUACCCCGGGUCGCCAGAACCCCAAAUCCCGGGUUCCCGGGGCCGGUCACCACAGCCGGUCAGUUCCCCUCCCAUGGCACCCACUUUCAUUCGGGGCGAGUCGUCUGUUCGCCCAAUCGACUCCCGCGGAACGUCGACCUCCCGGACGGCAGCUGCGGGGGCUCUUCGGCAGCGACUGAGCACCCCGUUUCCGCUAGUCCCCGCUGAAUCCAUCUCGGCUUCGACGGAAGGGAAUGCGGAAAGCGAAGACGCUAAUGCCCAGGCACCGCCGGUGGUGACCCUCGGUCACGUUCUCACGAAUGUGGUGGUUUUGUAUGAGUUUCUUCUUGAACUCUCCGCAGUUGUGCAAUCACGCGGUAGCCUAUUUGACGAGGCGGGAUACAUAUAG